AUGGCUUCACAUUCAUUAUCAAUGAAAUUCGCAAUGACCAGAAGAGCAUGUUGUUGCGAAGAACACCAGCACAGUCUAGAAAAAAUAUUGUUAGGUUUACUCAACUAUCCUGAUGUACAUGUAGUUCAACGUUCAUUGUGCUGUCUGAUUUAUUUAAGUCAAAAGAAAAGUUCUCGUACACAUAUUACUAAAAUAUUUAACAGUAAUCUGAUAAUAAAGUUAUUAUCUAAUGAAGAUGAAAAACAAAAGCGAUUAGUAGUUUGCCUAAUUUAUACAUUGAUUAUGGAAGAUGAAUACUUCAAAAAUCUGUCUACUAAUCAGCUUAUACUGGCGAAAUUUUUAUCACUGAUUUCUAAUGAGACAAAUGUUGUAAUGCAAAAACAAUUUGUGAAAAGUCAAAUGAAUUCUGAAGAUACUUUUAAAUUCAUUGAAGUAGACAAUUAUUUCAUGUUUCUUUGGACAAUUGAAAAGAAUGCAGUGAUUGAAAAUUUAGCACCACUUCAAACCUACAUUAUUUUAUGUUUAGAAAAAUUAAUACACGUAAUAAAAUGUCAAAAAAUUUUACGGAAUCAUAAUGGGAUUACAGUUUUACUGAAAUGUUUGAAUAAUGAUUCACAAAUACAGCCAAAACAUAAUAAUAAUAACAAUACAGUGCAUCAGGGACUCACUUCUUUGGCUGAUAUUUCACCUUCAUUGAAGGCUUUACAACUAUCGGGAAAUUGUACCAAUGAAAAAGAAUUGGUGUACACUUUAGAUCGAAAUACCAUCCAAUGUAAUGCAUCUAUAUGUGCAAUUUUAGCCGAAUUAGCAUUGAAUGAUUUCUAUGCUGAGAUUAUUGCACGUGAAAAUGGAAUAUAUUUAAUUGGAUCACAGUUGUUAAUUCGUGAGGAUAUUGAUUCUGAUAGUAGAGAAUCAAGUAAAAUUAAGCCAGCGUUAGAAGUGACCUCAGAACUUGCAAAUCAACUCGGUCCUACUAAGCUGAAACUUGAUUUUCUGAAAAUUAAUCUAGUGAAUAUUCGUCAUCUUUAUGCUAAUGCAUUUUGUGCACUACGAAGACUUUUUAUGUCUGAACAUAAUCGGCGUUUAAUCAAAUCAUUUCUACCAUCAUUGUUAUUAUCUGAACUAGUAGAAAUUGAUAUAACAUCAACAUGUAUGGACAAUUAUAAAACACUACUCAGUGUCUUUGAAUCACUCAACAAUGAAGAAAGGAAUGAAUUAAAAAUCGGCAUUUUAUCGUGUGAUAUACAUCAGACGCCUACUCACAGCAUACGUGAAUAUUCUAUCACAGAAUUACUUGGAACUGGUGCAUAUGGUAAAGUUUUUAAAGCUACUAAAGAAAAUGUUUCAUCAAUUAGUUAUGCAGUUAAAGAGGUUAGUACAUCCCAGGUAUUCUUUGGGAAGAAUUUCGAUGAAAGACAAAAGUGUAUCAAUCGUAUAUUGAAUGAAGUCAAUAUUAUACGUCAGCAAUUAAGACAUCCGAAUAUUGUUCGUUACUACAAAACAUUUUUACACUGCGAUCACUUGUAUAUUGUAAUGGAAUUAUUGGAAGGUGUAUCAUUAACUGAACUACUGUUGUCUAUGAAAGAGAAGAAUACCUAUUUCAUUGAAUCACGUGUAUGGCACAUAUUUAUUCAACUGAUAUUGGGAAUACGUUAUUUACAUAAAGAAAAGAAAAUAUUACAUCGAGAUUUAUCAUCAAAUAAUAUCAUGAUUAGUGAAGGCGAUAAGGCUACUAUAACAGAUUUUGGUCUGGCGUAUCACAAAAAUUUUGGCUCAUGUGAAACAAAAUCCACUGUUGGUACACUGGUUUAUGCUUGCCCUGAAAUAGUUCAAAAUUUACCUUACGAUGAGGGUGCAGAUAUUUGGGCUUUAGGUUGUAUUCUCUAUCAAAUGUGCACGUUCAUAUCACCAUUUCAAGGCGAGUGUAUUCUAAGCACUGCAUCACGUAUUGUUAAAGGUGAAUAUGAGUCAGUGAAAGUUAAAUGUUCAAAUCGAUAUUCUUAUCUGAUAGACGAAGUUAUUCGAGCAUGUCUUAAUCCUGAUCCCAGAAAAAGACCUGAUAUUAUUGGUGUUGCUGCUUACCUGACUGACAAUAUUUUGUCCCACCUGGAUGCUUCACAUCUGAAGUGUUUAAAACUGAAAGGAAAAUUGAAAGAAUUUCAGAAUACAUUCAUGUGUAACCUUUGCAGUUCUUCAAAUACUUUCCAACAAAAUCUAAUUAAACUAGAUAAAAAUGAAACUAAAAUUAAUUCUGAUAAUUUGAGUAGUGAUGCAAAGAUGACUUCAAAUCCUGAAAGUAAGUUACCUGAAUAA